AUGGAAACUAAUAGUUGGAGGGUUAAAUCAGACAAUUGUUUAGGGAUCGAUGACGGUAGAAAAUUCUAUAAACAAUAUGAAAAAGCAUCGGAAGCUAAUAGUUGGAAAUAUAAAGAUAAAAUAAAAUCUUUGUCUACUUUUCCGGAGGAGAAUACUAGCACCUUUUUAGAAACAAGAAACAGAGAUUAUAGGAGAUCUAGAGUCAAUAAUACGGAUAGAAAUUAUAAUAGGCAAUAUUACAAUAAUGAUAGGAAAGACACAUACCACAGCAGGGAUAACAAUUACGAUAAGAAUUCUAUGGACAGAGAUACGGACAAAAACUAUAAUAAGCAAUAUUAUAGCGAUGGAAGAAAAAAUAUAUCUUAUAGUAGAGAUAGAUUUAAAAAGUUCAGAAUUCCUGAAAAAUAUCUAAAAGAAACCAGGGGCGAUUUAGGCAGAGUUACCUAUUUUAGAUAUAAUUCAAAAGGUAGCUAUGGUAAUGCUGAUAGAUGUUCUUUUUCAAAAAACGUAGAAAGAUCAAUUGGGUUCGAGAAAUGUCCAACUCGAAAAAAUAAAAUUUACUAUGAGAGAGAAACUUUUAAUGAUAUGGUAGAUAGAGAGAAAACAGAUUAUCUUAACUUUGUAGAAAAAUGGUACUUAGAGAAGAAUUUGUAUAAAAAUACAAUAUUUUCAGUGGAAAGAUUAAGUAAUUAUACAGAGGCAAAUAAGGAAGACCGAGUGCUGUCUAUUUUUAUUGAACUAUAUGGUAUAACUAGAUCAGCCAUUAUUGAUACUGGCUCUAAUAUCUCCUGUAUUGAUGUUUCUUUACUAAAUGAUACUGCAUGCAUUAAAAGGGAUAUGCCCUUUAGGAUCAUCUUAAUAAGUGCAAAUAACACCAUUUUAGAACAGUUGGGAGUAACAGAUUUACAAAUUAAAAUAAAUAAUUAUUCGUACAUAAUACGUGCUUAUGUAAUAAAAGAGCUUAAUUGUAAGAUAGUAUUAGGAAAUGAUUUUAAUAUUACGAAUAAUAUAGUAAUCAAUUUUGAAGAGAAGCGAAUAAGUUUAACGGGAGGUAAAAAUAUUAUUGCUAUGGACGAAAUUUGGUACGCAUAUAAUAAGACCCGUUAUUUAAGUAUGUUUUAA